AUAAAAAGUGAUGUUCUUCAUAAUAGAUAAAUAAUUAAUCACUUUGCCUAACCGUGCAGAACAAAUACAAUUGUGAAUUGUGCGUGAAAAUAAUAAGGAAAUGUAAUUACACCAAACCGGAAGUCCUUCUUCAAUCCGUAUCUGCGCUCUGGAUCGACCUGCAAAGCCCCGAGGUGGAUCCUCGGGGUAGACACUCCGAUGCCUAAGUCAGCAAUAAUCGAGGCUACCUUUAGAGCGGAGAAACAAGGAGCUUAGGGUUGGUUUCAAUUACCUUUUGGCGUGGCCCUUGAGAGAAAUUGAGAUGUCUUCCGAAGAGGCCAGGAGUGUGGUGGGGAGUGAAGUGAUGCCUUUGGAGUACGGUAGUAUGGAUACGGAGAGCAGUCCGUCUCCAACGAGUUCGGAGAGGACGGUGGAGGAGAGGAGGGAAGAAGUAGUAGUAGAGGAGGAGGAAGGGAGAUCCCCUCAAAUGUGUAGUAGGAGUAGCCUUAGGGGAUUAGUGGGGAAUUGUAACCUUCCCCAUCAUGUCCUAAUUCGGCCGGCCGGGGUGAAUGAGAGGGCAUGCUCAGCACCCCGAGACCAUUUGAUGCCCAUAUACCUGCAUUAUUUGAUUGUAGGGCUUAGGUUUCCCAUUCCAGAAUUACUGGUUGGGCUAUUAUUAGAUUAUAGUAUAGGAAUAACCCAGCUAACUCCCAAUGCCAUGAGGGCUGGGGGUAGGGGGGAGAAGGGGUGGUACCACUUUGGUCCUCGGUCGUCCAGCAAAGGGAAUAGGAAUUUAUUCUCUCCUGGGCCGUCAUCCAUCAAAGGGUGGAAAGAAAAUUUCUUCUUUGUGGAUGACACCGAGUGGAGUAGGAGGGAUUCCGAAGUUGAACAGUUGUCUGCUUGGAAAGCGAAGAAAACCAAGCAGAACAACUAUAAGUUGAAUGAGGAUGAGGUGGAGGAGGUGAAGAAGCUGGUGAGGGAAGAUGGGGACGUAGUGGAUAUCUUGUUCCUCACCAGCUCAGAGGCGAUAGAUGCUGCUGAGCUCUAUGGGCCAAGCUCAUUGGGGGAAGUUCGUCACUGCUGCUGGGGCCUGCGCAUCCCCAAGAAGCCAAGGAAGAAGUCAAAGACUUCAACUGCGGCUGAGAAGGAGGUGACAGAGGGGGGGCGACUGCUCAGCAUCUCUGCCCAGGCUAUGGAGGUGCAGCCAAGGCCGGAGCCUAUGAUGGGGGGUAGUGAGGAUGUGAGUGAGGAGAUGGCACCUCUCCAGAGGAAGAAGAGGAGGGUGGCAGAGCUAGGAACCAAGGGGGACGAAGUGGUGGAGUUCGUGCCCCUGCCUUCUCCCCCAGAAAUCAAUCCUGAAGAUAGGGAGAGGGGCGAGGUCGAAGUGCGAGGCCUUGGUGGGGGCAGGGAGUGCACCCCUCUGCACUUCUACCAGAAGAGUUUGUUUGAGGCGACAAACAAGACUGGGGCGAAGCACUUCCUCAAUGCUACUCUUCCUGAGGUAGAUAGGGUGCAGGCAAAGAACGAGGUGGUUAGCCAUGCGGGGUAUACCGUUGUGAGGCAUGCCCUAGAGAGUGCGAGCUGGACAAACGCUCUAGCGCAGGAGUAUGCAGAGAGCGUUAGAGAUUGUGCCAGCUUGCAGCGGCAGUGCGAUCAGCUCCAAAAAGAGAAGGAUGAGUUGCAGAAGGAAAAGGGGGUAUGGGAGAAGGAGAAGAGGGAGAUGCAGAGGAGGCUGGACGAAGUUCUCCCUUCAGUGACCGAGCUCCAGAACGAAAAUGACGUCCUGAGCACGAAGCUUGUCCUCGAAGAACGCAAGAGGAAGAUCUGUGAGGAGAGGCUCGAGGCUCAGGGCUCAGGACAGAUACAUGGACAACAUGAGGAAAGGAGCAGCGGAGCUGAAGAAGAAUGUGAACCUGCUGGUUCACAACGGGAUGGAGGAGCACGUUGGCAACUUUCUCAACUCCAGCACAAGGUGAAGGCCCAGUACCCAGAGGUGGACGUGACAACGGUCACCUUUGGGGAACAAGAGGAAGGAGUGGAGGAAGAUGGUGAGAGUCUCUGUGCUGACUUCCGACCUCAAAUUCCUCUAAGGUGGGAGCGUGAUGCAGAGGGGUGCACCAUCUUUCCUCCAGCGUUUGACGCUGAGUUGGUGGCCGUGGAGGGAGAAGAAGAAGAAGAAGAAGAAGAAGGUGCGCAAGGCACUGGAGUUGAGGGUCCAGCAGCAAUGGCCGAAGUGCAGCCUCCCGAAGUGCAUCCAGUCUCCUCUGACGAAUUAUACUUGUAAAUAACAUUGUUGAGAUUUUAUGUUAUAAAAUUUUUGAGGUUUAUUCUUAGUCUUCAGUUUUGGUUUCGAAUUGCUGGUUUACUUUAAGUGAAUGACUUCGGAUAAAAUAGAGUAACUUUA